AUGGUUGAUUCUUGCUUUGGUCCCAUUUGGGUCGACUUUUUCAACCUUCUCUACAUUUGCCACCCACCCCCCUCCCGUCUUUCUUUCCCGGUUUCGACUAUCCGACGCAUCCUAACCUACAGUGAAUUCCUCACGAUCUGCUUAGUACUAUUGAAAGAGUACUAUCUUCUAAUGUCAAAUGUGCAUGAGCAAAAGUAUCGUGCAAUGCGUGAGGCGCUGUGUCGGUACCGGAUAGAUCUGAGCAACCUGCUUAACGAAGAGGUGAGUAUUUUACACACAACCACAUACGCACACUUAACCACAUUUGCAUAUUGUAACCAGGUGGUGCAAGUCGCCUUGGUCACUAUAUUUUGCAUCCCGUGUAGAGUAGACUUCUCUAACCUACUUCUGGUCAGUAGCUCGUUUAGAACUAUGAGAAUCUGA